CUACAUUUCAUCUGCUGCCAGCUGCUCACGGUCGCCAACAAGAACUCCACUCUCCUUGUCCUCUUCCAAGUUUGGGAUUUCCUUUUCUCUCUCUUUUGCAGCAGUGCUUACCUCGAUUCUCUUCUCGUGUUUUUUUGUUGAGUUGUUCUUCUUCCCUCUGGCUUCCAAGGGAAGCAAGCGCUGCUUUAUAGUGCCUUGCUCCCUCGCCCUUCCUCGCUCAAAGGUUAGCGGAAAGGGGAUCUCGAGCAGAGGCAGGGAUGAGUGCCACCAAAUUCAUUAAAUGUGUGACUGUUGGAGAUGGGGCGGUGGGCAAGACCUGCAUGCUUAUCUGCUACACCAGCAAUAAGUUCCCCACUGACUACAUUCCAACUGUGUUUGACAACUUCAGUGCCAAUGUCUCUGUUGAUGGUAGCAUUGUCAAUUUGGGAUUGUGGGAUACUGCAGGGCAGGAAGACUAUAGCAGAUUGAGACCAUUAAGUUACAGAGGAGCAGAUGUCUUUGUUCUGGCUUUCUCUCUAAUUAGCAGGCCAAGCUAUGAGAAUGUUCUCAAGAAGUGGAUGCCAGAACUUCGCCGCUUUGCGCCUAAUGUUCCUAUAGUUUUGGUUGGAACAAAAUUAGAUCUCCGUGAUGACAAAGCUUAUCUUGCUGAUCAUCCUGGUGCAACGACAAUAACUCCAGCACAAGGGGAAGAGCUGAGGAAACAAACUGGUGCUGCAGCAUAUAUUGAAUGUAGCUCCAAAACCCAACAGAACGUCAAGGCUGUAUUUGAUACUGCAAUCAAGGUGGUUCUUCAACCCCCACGAACGAAGGAGAUGGCCAAGAAGAAGACCAAAAGAAGCUCUGGUUGUCUAAUGGGAAAUCUCAUGUGUGGAGGCGGCACAUGCGUGAGCUAGAACUAGUUUCAAACUCUAUCGUCAUGCUGAUAACUGUGACGGCUUGUCCAAGUUAGCAGAAUCUAGUUGAAAUUUCAUUUUGCUCAAUAGAGAGGAACCUGUGGUUCUCCUGUUUUGUUGUAGGAAUCAGUUCCUUUCUGGUUUCUCUGGUUUCUGUAGGACUUAAACCUGCUCUAUUCUAGAUAUGUUCAUGUUUGGCUCAUGUUAUCUAUAUGGGGAUGAUGAAUUAAUGCAUCUGUCACUGCCCACGUACGGCUGUUGAUGUUUAAUAGCAGAA